AUGGCUGGAAUCAGUGGAACACCAGCGGCUGUGUUCCCAGCAGGUCCUAAGUUUGCGAAUGGCCCAGCUCAAGAUGUUCAAGCCUUCGUGGAGGCAGUCUCGUGGAAACACAGGAUUACUCGAGCACAAUUUGAGAAGAUGUCGGUUGAUGAAAAAACGGAGUUGGAUGAGUUCCUUGUCUUGUACCUAUUCAGCAAGCUAGAUGGAGAACCCGCCCAGUGGUGGGCAAAUUUGUCCAAGGACCAGAAGGUUAAUUUCAAGAAGGUUUCAGAGUUAUUGCUCGCUCGAUAUGGAUGGGACGAAGUCUGUCAGAAGAGAUCCCAAUGGCAAGGAGUGGCAGCUGAGCUGAACAACCUGCACCAACAUCCCGGAUUUGCGAAUGUGUUACGGGCUCUUAUGUCUCGCGAGGACAUGAGCUUUCUACAGAUCUUAGAUACUGUAAUCGACAUGCAGGGACCGACUUAUGUUGAGAAGAAACCUGAUCAUGAGGAGACGGUGGAGGAAUCCAAAAGUGUCAGCAAACUCAUGAAAACCAUGGCAUAUGCAAUGGAAAGGUCCCAAGGUUUCCAGAGUCGUGGGAACUCUCGCAACAAUUCGCGCCUGCAGGAUCAAGGAAGCUUCUUGCCUCCUCAUAUGUCUCAACCUCAGCGUCAAGAGCUGGAAUACCAGCCAUACUCAGGAAGACCUCAGGGACAGGGUUCCUUAAGUCAAUUCCAGGUCCAGCAUUAUGAACAAUGUGAGACGUCUGAAAAGGCUUUGCAACAGUCUUAUGCUCCCCCUCCACAGUACCAAGCAUUGCAUCAGGUUCAGCAGCAACGUCAGGCACAAUGGGGCUCAUCUGCACCACAAUUCCAAGGACGUACCAGGGCACAGGAUGGACAGGGAUACCGUGGUGGAAAUGCAAAGACCCAACUGCAGUGCUUCAAGUGUGCCCAGUUUGGGCAUUACGCCCUGGACUGUAUGAAUGCACCUGCAUCAGAGAGUGCGCAACAAGCUGCUCAUGACCUUGCAAAUCAAAGAUGUGAGGCCCUUGAUUUUCACCAAAUCGAGGGCGAGCAUCCAUUCUCCCUUGCGAGGGUCGUGAUUGAAAGUGAAGAGACUAGCACGUUGUAA